AUGAUCCGGCGCGACCUGAUGCCAGGCCCGCGCGACCAGCACAAAUACUUCAUUGCGAUCAACCUGUACAACUCGUUUGACGUUAUUCCCGACCUGUUCUCGACGCUGUUCAAGACGGCCGCCGUAUUGGGCUACCACAACGUGUUUGUUUCGAUCUACGAGAACGGUUCCAAAGACCAGACCAAGGCUCUGCUGCGCCUGUUUGACGCGCUCGCGCGCACCGUCGGGCUCCGCGUCACGAUCCGCCAGUCGAUGCGUACGCGCGGCGCCUUCAACCACCGUAUCGAGUACCUGGCCGAGGUGCGUAACGCGGCGAUGACGCCCUUGCACGAGCUGCGCGAGAACGAGGGCGAAGUGUUUGACACGAUCGUGUUCAUGAACGACAUUCUGCCCUGCGUCGACGACCUGCUCGAGCUCAUCUGGCAGUCGCGGCGGCAGAACGCAGGCAUCACCUGCGCCGCAGACUACAUGUACCACGACGAGAUCGGCGCGCCGGUCUUCUACGACAACUGGGUCGCGCGCGACCUGAACGGCACGGCGCUCGAGAACGCGCCCUUCGAGCAGGUCUUCCACCACCCCGAGUCCAACAGCCGGUUCCAGCGGCACCUGCCCAUCCAGGUGCAGAGCUGCUGGAACGGCGUCGCGAUCCUGGACCCGGCGCCCUUCUACGAGCAACCUCAUACGCGUUUCCGCAUGGCAGACUUACUGAAGAAAGAGUGCUCCGCGUCGGAAUGCUCGCUCAUCUGCAACGACUACUGGGCCAAGGGGUACGGGCGCAUCAUCAUGGUGCCGCGUGUCAAGCUCGCGUACGACCAGAAGGUGUACGACAUUAUCCACCCCCCGCGCAAGAAUCUCACCAACAUUCGCGGAUACAAGCGGCUCGGCGGACGCCCCGACGAUCCCAAGAACGACCCCCAGGACCGCACCUGGUACGGGCCUCAUGACCGGCUCUUCGCCCCCGAGGAGGCCGAGGAGCUCGCCUUCCAGCCUGGGCCCGAGUAUGUCUGGUGUUGGGGAUGGGAUGGGGCUGGUGACCUUGACGGGCCGGACGUGGACCCCAUCUGGGAGCCGCAGAGCCCCAUCUCGACCACGCCCGAGGCUGUUGAGAUCAAGCACCACCGCGACCUCCCCUUCGUCAACCCCAUCUAG